AUGAGCUCUCACUCCACCGCUCUGCGCGUCGUGUCGCUCCUUCCCUCGGCCACCGAAAACGUCUGCGCGCUGCUCUCUGCCUGCCGCAGUCAUGCGCCCACCUCGGUGCGCUCUGACCUUAUCCCGGAGCUCGUGGGUCGCUCGCACGAGUGUGAUUUUCCACGCGAUGCCUUAGAUCUCCCCGUGCUCACAGCUCCUCGAACGGCCUUCACGACCUCCGCUGAUACGCACAACCAAGUACGGGAGGCGCUAACCAGUGCCGCGUCACUUUACUACCUAGACGCCGACAAGCUGACCGCGCUGCAGCCCGACGUGAUCCUCACACAGAGCACGUGCAAGGUCUGCUCCAUCGACCUGGCAAGUGUCCAAGAUACAGUCGCAAACCACUUGACUAAGAUUGUCACAUGCAACCCCACGAGUCUGGUGGACGCUGUGGUGACGCAAUUUAAACAGCUGGGAGACGCUCUAGGUGUGUCUGUAGUUGGUGAAUUGAUGGCCCAAGAGCAUUCGAACAAACUAAAGCAGCUUAAAUACCAGGCUGAUGCUUUUGUGAGCCAUGGAGACAAGCCAGAGGUGCUGAUGGUCGAGUGGCUGGACCCACUGUUCUUAGGUACGAAAGGUUGGAUGAGAGAGAUCGUGGAAGCUGCAGGUGGACACGUAGUGGACACUCUGGAUGGAGGACAACACGUUGAUGUCGUUGUAGUGGCGUUAUGUGGACUCUCACUCGAUCAGACAGAGCAAGAGUUGCUGGCAGGACGAGUUGGGGACUGGUGGAGGACACUGCUGAACCAAUCUGAUACUGUACCUAAAGUAUACAUUGUGGACGGUACGUCCAUGUUCACACGUCCUACGAGACGUCUCCUUGACGCGCUAGAGUGGUUGGUGCACACCUUGCACGAACCUGAAAGCAAUUGGCUGAAGAGCUCGACGUUCCCAUACAAACUUUUUGAUACCUCGUUAGUAACAAGCGAUUCUAAAAUAAAAGAGAAGAAAUCAGCAGAAAUGCUGGAGAUUGAGGAGCUACAUCGUGCUGCAUGUGCGAAUAAGCUGGCCAUGUAUACGGAUCCCUCAACCGGUAACUCAGUUAUGACGUCGUAUAUGUUGACGGAGCGCCAGGUUUGCUGUGGGAAUAGCUGUCGCCACUGUCCUUAUGGUCACGCUAACGUCAAGGACCCAACUCGUAGGACGAACACGCUCGCUGGGACUGUUCUCCUGCAGCCACGUCGCCGCUCUCGUGGCUUCGCUAAAGACUCCCCAGGUGGUCAAAUAUUGUGGCCAGAAGGGUCUAAUGUAUCUGGGGGAAUGCAUGAACUCGUGGUGGUUUUCUGGAGUGGUGGCAAGGACUCGUUCCUAGCGUUGAGUGCGCUACAAAUGUGCGCUGGAGCUACCGCUGUGUCUCGUAGCGGUGGGACUUGGUGA